CAUGGACCCCUAUUUACGGGUACGUACCUCGAGCUUUUAAGAAAAAAAAAAAGUUCGAAUUUAAUAUUAUUGACAAUUUCGUUUCAAUUGAAGGAAGCUUAACCAUCACGCUUCCCGUCCUUUAAAAAGGUAAGGUAGCGAAGAGCUCCAACUUCAAUUACCUCUAGGGCUGCAUCCUAUUUUCUCUUGUCUACCCGCUCUCAUUCCUCCCCGUGUAACCAUGGCGCCCAAAACUUCCGCUUCCACUUCCACGACAGGUGGUCUCACGAAGCUUCUCACCUUCAUCGGCGUGCUGAUUGGCGUGUUCUACCCGAUCCAUUACGUGCUCGAGCGCAACCUCGAGAGCUUCUACAUCUUCCGGACCGACGAGCUGCGGGACGUCUCCCAGCGCGCCAUCCAAGCCGGCGGUAACGACACCGCCAAGAUCGUCGAGUACAUCGUCACCGAGCUGAAGCAGAACCACCCGUCCCACGUCAAUGAUAAGUGGAACGUCCCCGAAGAGUGGUUUUUCAACAAUGCCGGCGGCGCCAUGGGCGGCAUGUACAUCAUCCAUGCCAGCAUCACCGAAUACCUGAUCAUCUUCGGCACGGCAGUCGGCACCGAAGGCCACACGGGACGACACACCGCAGACGACUACUUCUACAUCCUGUCCGGCGAGCAGCAGACCUACGUCCCCGGCGACUUCACGCCGGUCGUCUACCCCGCCGGCAGCGUGAACCUCAUGCAGCGGGGCAUCGUGAGGCAAUACAAGAUGCCCGAGGGAUGCUUCGCGCUCGAGUACGCUCGAGGCUGGAUCCCGCCCAUGCUGUUCUUCGGCUUCGCCGACGGCCUCACCAGCACGCUCGACUUCCCCACCCUCUGGCGUACCGUUGCCGUCACCGGCAGGGAGAUGAUCGGUAACCUCCUAAUUGGGAAGUUUUAGACAGACGGGGCAAUGACUAGAGCUUGCACAGGUGACUUUGCCUAGUGCUUUGCCUAGUGGUGCUAGAUUUACUAAGUCUACCAUUUGGAAAACUUUAGAGCUCCAGAAGGCGAUAUGCCAUACUAUAUAUAUCGCAUUCUGUAAUGAUAAUGUAACUCUACAAUUUAAGAACGACAAGUAUGAAACUCCUACUUCGUAUAGCUUGAAGUCUUAUUCUUAGAG